UCGGCGGCAGCGGGCCGGCGCGAGGCUGCAGCUGGAGCUGUGGCGCCCGGAGUUGGAGUUGCCAGGAGUUUCCCCGACCCCUCCUUCCUCGCGCACAGCGGCAGGAGCCCGCGCGGGAGCGGCGAGCCGCGACCAGCCAGCAGCAGCGGAGUCGGCCCAGCCUAGUCUGCAGCCCCGAUCUCCGUGCGGGGCAGCCGCGGGGGAGCCCUGUCUUCGGUUGGGACGCGUGCCGCGCACUAGGCACCGCCCGAGCACGAGCCAGGCUGCACGAACAUUCCCUGCGUGCCCUCCUGGGUGGCUCUACAAUGAGUGCCAAGUCUGCCAUCAGCAAGGAAAUUUUCGCACCUCUUGAUGAAAGAAUGCUGGGAGCUGUCCAAGUCAAGAGAAGGACAAAGAAAAAGAUUCCUUUCUUGGCAACUGGGGGUCAAGGCGAAUACUUAACUUAUAUCUGCCUAUCAGUGACGAACAAGAAACCCACACAGGCAUCUAUCACGAAGGUCAAACAGUUUGAGGGCUCCACAUCAUUCGUCCGAAGAUCCCAAUGGAUGCUUGAGCAGCUUCGCCAAGUUAAUGGUAUUGAUCCUAAUCGGGAUUCUGCCGAGUUCGAUUUGUUGUUUGAAAAUGCCUUUGACCAGUGGGUUGCUAGCACGGCCUCAGAAAAGUGCACCUUCUUCCAGAUCCUCCACCACACCUGCCAGAGGUACCUCACAGACAGGAAGCCAGAGUUUAUCAACUGCCAAUCCAAAAUUAUGGGAGGAAACAGCAUCCUCCAUUCAGCAGCUGACAGUGUGACCAGUGCAGUACAGAAGGCAAGCCAGGCCUUGAACGAGCGUGGGGAACGCUUAGGCCGAGCAGAGGAGAAGACAGAAGACAUGAAGAACAGUGCCCAGCAGUUUGCAGAAACCGCACACAAGCUUGCCAUGAAGCACAAAUGUUGAGAAACUGCCUAUCCUGGUGAAACUCUAAAGAAAGUGGAGAAGUUUGUUCAGCAGUUAUUACAAGACGUCCAGAUGGGGCUGCUUCUUUGGUUUUGCUGUUGUUUUGUUUGUUUGUUUCUUUGUUUUCCCAAUAUAAGGACAUUGAAGGGUUUGAUUCUUCAUGGCCAGAUGUUAAUAUGAAUGAAUGUCAAUGUGCUGUGGGCAUACAUUUCCCUAUCUUGCUAAGGAAUGCUGCAAUAGUAUCAGCUUCAUUUUUACUUUUUCCAUUGUGUGUGUGUGUGUGUGUGUGUGUGUGUGUGUGUGCAUCUGUGUGUGUGCAUAUGUUCCUUUUGAAGGAAAAUUGUUUUUGUAGUUCAAAUAUGAAAUUCAGACCAAAUAAUAAGCCAGGUAUAAAUUAACAAAUUUUUUUUUCUCUCUCUGAAACUAAGCAACAAAAUAGUUCAAUAUGGUGGCAUCGGGUGAUGGUCCUGGGUACAAAUAAACGCCACACAGUGCUUUCGCCUACUCUCCUAGUCCUCUUCAUUUGAAGAGAAAAAUUAAAAUUUAUUAUCCUGAGACUCAAGUCUGUACUGUGGAAAGCACAUGGGCAUAUCAGGGGAAUGGGAUUUUGUCUUUUCAUGUUAAUCUUUUUGCAUGAACCAUCAAGAGUAUUCACAAAAAACAAAUCAGAAUUUCAAAUAGAAUUCUACUCUCUGGGAUGACGUAUAAACAUUUUGGCUCCUUCCUUCCAGUCUGAUUAGCUGAAUUAUCAUAUGAAGGAUAAAAAUUUGAAUGUAAAGACCUACCGUAAAACAUAUUUUAAAACCUCCAUGGAUUUAUGGAUAUUUCUCUUGCUGUAAUUGUCCCAAGUUAUCAUAGCUAACAUGGGGGUGGGAAUAACUUAUAUUUCUAACAACAAAUAGUAUAUCUAGGGUCAGUGGAGUGGCUCAGUGUAUGAAGGUGCUUAUAGCAUAAACCUGGUCACUAGACCCCACAGAUUUGACCUCUGACCUCCACCCACAUGUCCCAGCACACAUAUGUACACCAUAUAAAACACAUACAAAAAAACAACAUAAUAAUGAAUGAAAUCAAAUAAAAAGAAAUAAUUUGUCUAGAUAAAAGUAUGUAAAUUAUAAUGUGUCAAGAUGCUAAUUUUUUUUCUCUUUUUUACAAAGCUAUACCUAAUUUUAGAGACUCUCUCACAAGAUCCUUGGGAAUGAACCUUUAGUUUCUUGGUAUGUGGGUUUUGGAGGUUUCAGUACUGUUGUGGUUUUUACUUUCUUUCAUGUCGUUUAACAUGUACUUCUUGAUAGAUUGCAUACUCGUCAGUUUCAACUUGCCUGGUCUGACACAGGCAGCACAGUUACAAGCCUUUACAGUGCUGUCAGACUGAACAGAGUCCCUUCCAGGCCUUUGGAUUAUGUGUUGCUCAAAGUAAUACUGCACUUAGACUAUGGACAUUUUGUUUUCUCGUGGGUUAAAAGCUAAACAUUAAAAAUAAAAUUAAAAAAUGCUUGUUCCUCAUAAAGCAAUGAGGCAAGCUACACAUGCCAGCUACUGCAGUGCAUGGAGUUUUCAGACGCCUGGGUCGUCGGGACCCUUUCCUUCUUUGCUCUCCACUGAGUCACCAGUUUACUUGUGAUGUAGUCUCUAAUGCAGCAACAUAAGAUGACUUUAGAUUACUAAUGCUGAUUUAAAUAGCUUAAGUUUUCCUAAUGACACAUCCCCUGAGAAAGAGCACAUUUUCCGUGGAAUACCAUAGGUAUAAUGUCAGGAAGAGGAUGGGAUUUGCUGCAAACAAGUGUAAUAAUCCUUUGGGGCAGAUAAUCCAGGUGAAGAAUAUACUAUACAAUGUACAUAGCGGACUAUGAAUGUUUACUAUAUCUUACGCUUUUCUUUAGGUGUCUUACAAUUUUAAAAAAACCCAGGAACCUGCCAUCUGCUGACUAUUGGAACUAUCCGAUUCCUAAAAAAUAAGAAGAAAAAGCCCCCAAAUAAUACCCCAAAUUGGUUUCAUUGGCAGACUUUAACUCAGAAAACACAAACAUUUGUCUUCCAAAACUGGAUUCCAGUUUCAGAGGGCUGAUAUAAAUAGUUGAGAGAAAUAGUCUAACUUUCCCCAUCCAAGUCAACAGUAAAAUCACUUGUUGGAUUCCUGACGACAACUUUGGGCCAGCUGUUCCUGAACAGGCAGAAGCAUACUGUGAAAGCUGAGACUUCUUCCUCAGCGUAUAGAUGUAAGUGCCCUGCACCUGCCCUCUCCCAUUCUCUCUCUUGAUCCGUUUUGGCCUAAAUCUUAUUGGAAAUAGUCUGAACUAAAAGGAACCUCACCCAACCCCCCAAAGCUCUGUUAGCUUCCUCUACGGAUCAGUCAGCAUAUAGACCAUCACCAUGACCUCGGUUUGUGAUCCUUCCUGCUUGUCUUCCACCAAACACACAGGCUAUCAGAGUAAUUGCUGCCCUUUCUCAGCUGUCCAGCCUCUUGCAGAGAAGCCCCUGAUAACACAUGUGAAAUCCAUAGCCAUCCUUUGGUAGAAGGUACUUCAAUAUAAAAUGCUAGUGCAGUGUAACCAGCAUGAACUUGUUAAGAGUCCCUGCUAUAUGGGACCAAGUCAUUUGGUUGAGCUUGCUAGAAGACUUAAGGUGUUGAUUUUGUUUCUGCACUUCACUAUGAAUUCUGGAAAUGCUGUCUUUCUCCGAAGGACUUUGCAAAUUAUAUUGACAAUGUAUUUUAAAAAAAGGAACUUGCCAGCAUUUCCACUUCUUCCUGGAAUGUAGCUGUAGUGUUCUUCACUAGAAUGAUUAGAUAUGUCCAGGCUCUAUGCAGUUAAACAGGUUGAUGUUUCAUUUCAAAGAAUGUAUUUGUACAAUGUAACAGGACCAGUAGCUAACUUUUUUUAAGGUCUGGUAGAAGUAAUAUUAUGUGUUAGACUUAAAAUUAUAGUGAAAUCUGUUUUAUACAAUUGUGACUAGCAGAGAUUAUGCAUUUAUGUAGAAACAGUUACAGAGUGCCCUAAAAUAUGAGAUACUAGUUAAGAUAGGUUCCACUCCUAAUUUCAGAAUUGUGAUGCUGCUAAUGUGUGUUGUUCUUGGUUUUUCAGAAAUUCUCUAUGAUAUUGAGUAUCAUUUUUGUUUCAUUCAGAGACAAGUUAACAGCUGUUCUUUUGGUUCACUAUUAGAGCAACUCGGACUUUGUCAUUAAAUAUUUUAACUCUCUGGUGAAUGUUUGUUUCU